AUGACUAAUACCAGUGUACUAAUACGUGUUUGUGUUGAUGUGAACACAACAUCGGGUGUAGUGAGAGGUCUGACAGUGAAUGCAUUGAACACAAGUGUCGACCAGUUUUUGAACAUUCCUUACGCCGAACCCCCGGUCGGGAGCCUUAGGUUCGCUAAACCCGUAGCCCUUAAAGAGCCCAUAAAAGAGAUUAUAGACGGAACAGAAACUGGGAACUCGUGCUAUCAAACAGAAAAUGAAUUGUAUAAAGACUUUAUCGGAAAUUUAACACUAAGUGAGGACUGUUUGGUACUAAACGUAUGGACCCCUCACGUCAGAAGUGAUAACUCGUCAAAAGACUCACCACUAAAACCAGUGAUGUUUUGGAUUCAUGGCGGAGGUCUAGCAAUUGGAUCAUCAUUUCAAUACCAAUACAACGGCAGUGCACUGGCAGCUCAUGAUGUGGUGGUUGUGUCCAUAAACUAUAGAUUAGCUCAGUUUGGGUUCCUAUACGGUGGCGAUGAUAGGGCGCCAGGAAAUCAAGGCUUUUAUGACCAGUUAUUAGCACUCAAAUGGGUGAGAGCAAAUAUUUACAAUUUUGGAGGGGAUAGGGAUCAGAUCACUAUAUUUGGUGAGAGCGCCGGCAGUUGGUCUGUAUCUGUACAGUUAUUAUCUCCCCUAUCGAAAGGCCUGUUUAAGAGGGCUAUUAUGGAAAGUGGUGCCCAUAUGUUCAAUAAGGACAGGGAUAUCAGAACUAAAUCUGAAGUUUUAGGCGAUGCCAAGAAUUUAGCCAAACAUUUCAAUUGUAGUGAAAAUGAAUGGUUAGAGUGUUUGCAAAAAGUGGACGCAAACCACAUAAAGGAUGUUAUACUGGCAACUACAGUGGCCACACUUGAUACAGAAUACCUCCCGGUGUCGGCACACACAGCAUUUGAAACACUAAAAUUCAACAAGGAUCUGGACCUAAUGGCAGGUGUGGCCGCACACGAGGGCUCUAUGUUAUUGUAUAGUGUAUUACAACAUAUCCCACAAAACAUAACUGAAUCUGAAUUUAAGAAAUUAGCGCAAAGUUUUGACUCAUUGUUUCACGACUUAAAUGCCACCGCAAUAACCGACUUUUAUCUGGAUAAUGUCAAUAAAACUGACCCUGAGCAAGUCAAAUGGGCUCUCUAUGAUUUGUAUGGAGAUCUAAUCAUGACGUGCCCCACCUAUCAAUUUGCCAAAAACUAUGCUACACACUCGGGCGCCGGUAUAUUCAUUGAAUUCAGUGUUUGUGUUGAUGUGAACACAACAUCGGGUGUAGUGAGAGGUCUGACAGUGAAUGCAUUGAACACAAGUGUCGACCAGUUUUUGAACAUUCCUUACGCCGAACCCCCGGUCGGGAGCCUUAGGUUCGCUAAACCCGUACCCCUUAAAGAGCCCAUAAAAUUUUUGAACAUUCCUUACGCCGAACCCCCGGUCGGGAGCCUUAGGUUCGCUAAACGGCAUGGGGAAUUUCUCGGUGAGGACUGUUUGGUACUAAACGUAUGGACACCUCAUGUCAGAAGUAAUACUUCAUUGAAAGACUCACCACUAAAUCCAGUAAUGUUUUGGAUUCAUGGCGGAGCCCUCUAUCUCGGGUCAUCAUUUCAAUACCAAUACAACGGCAGUGCACUGGCAGCUCAUGAUGUGGUGGUUGUGUCCAUGAACUAUAGAUUAGGACAGUUUGGGUUCCUAUACGGUGGCGAUGAUAGGGCGCCUGGAAAUCAGGGCUUUUAUGACCAGUUAUUAGCACUCAAAUGGGUGAGAGAGAAUAUUCAUAAAUUUGGUGGGGAUAGGGAUCAGAUCACCAUAUUUGGUGAGAGCGCUGGUAGUUGGUCAGUAUCGGCACAAAUAUUAUCUCCCCUAUCGAAAGGUCUGUUUAAGAGGGCUAUUAUGGAAAGUGGUGCCCAUAUGUUCAAUAAGAACAGGGAUAUCAGGACUAAAUCUGAGGUUUUAAGCGAUGCCAAGAAUUUGGCCAAACAUUUCAAUUGUAGUGAAAAUGAAUGGUUAGAGUGUUUGCAAAAAGUGGACGCAAACCACUUAAUAGAGGCCACUGUUGUGGGAAUCACUGUCGCCACACUCGACACUGAAUACCUCCCAGUGUCCGCACAUACAGCAUUUGAAACACUAAAAUUCAACAAGGAUCUGGACCUAAUGGCAGGUGUGGCCGCACACGAGGGCUCUACGUUAUUGCGUAUGGUCGUGCAACAUAUCCCACAAAACAUAACUGAAUCUGAUUUUAAGAAAUUAGCGCAAAGUUUUGACUCAUUUUUUCACGACUUAAAUGCCACCGCAAUCAGCGACUUUUAUUUGGGAAAUAUCAAUAAAACUGACCCUGAGCAGGUCAAAUGGGCUCUCUAUGAUUUGUAUGGAGAUCUAUUGAUGGCGUGUCCAACCUAUCAAUUUGCCAAAAACUAUGCUACACACUCGGGCGCCGGUAGAAACCGACCAAAGAGUGGCCAAAAUUUAUAGACAACAAAGCAUUGGACACCAAAUCCCAAGACUUAAAUCCAACGAAAUUAACGCAUAUAAUAGACAACAUAUUUCAUACGACUUGCGAUGGC